UGAUAUAUUGCACUCACUUGAUUCACUGUACAAUGUCAAAAGUGUAAAAUUUCUUUUUGCUAAAAAAAGGAAAAAAAUAAGUUCAAAAAUUUUCGACGUUUUUUUCUGGACGAGAUUGAGGGGAAGAGAAAUUUGCCGUAUAGAGCAUUGACAUAAUAGGUGAACAACUGAAUAAGCUAUCCAUAAAGGAUGUGUUCCUAUAAUUUAGAAAAGUGAAAGCUGUGGAUGGUCAAACCCCGCAAGUUAUUAACAAUGUAUUUUGUAGCUUCAUUAUUUUAGAUGCGCUUAUUGCGCCUUUUGGCCGGUUUCGCAUCAAUUUUCGCUUCCACCUUUGAUAAAUGUUAAUACAAAAAAUGACACUAUUUUCAAACCGAUUGAAUUUUUCAUCAAGAAGUAGACACCAGCAAAAUGUCAACGCAGCCACAUAUAGUUAUCGUAGGAGCAGGUAUCCUUGGUUUAUCAACUGCAUUAGCCGUCAGUGAACAUCUCAAGAUCGCCCAUGAUAUAACUAUUAUUGCUGAACAUGGACCUCAUAAUCAAUCCAUGAAUGCAAAUAUGACUAAUUUCCCGCAGUAUACUUCACCCUGGGCUGGAGCACAUUUCCGACCAUUCCCCAGCAAAAAUCCCCAAGAGUAUGCUGAAAUGAAGUUGACGAGAUUGACUUUAAAGAAGUUCAAGCAAUUUGCAGUUGAAUAUCCUGAAAGUUCUAUUAAAUUCGUAGAAGGUGUUGAAUAUUUAGAAGCACCCGAUGAGCACUACAAGAAAGUGGGAGAAGGGUAUAGUGAUGGUAUGGACAAUUUCUCAAGAAUCCAUGACAAGCCAGGAUAUAUGGGAUUCAAGUAUGAUACUUGGGUGGUUAAUUCACCUUUAUAUUUGCACUUUCUUUAUAGAAAGCUUAUAUCUGAAUAUCAUGUCAAGUUCCUUAACGCAAAACUUACAUCAUUAAGUCAGGUGAAUGAUUAUAUUACUGGUAACCCUGUCAUUAUUAAUUGUUCUGGAAUGGGGUUACGGUAUAAUGGAGGAUUUGAUCCAAAUUGUUUCCCAAUAAGAGGUCAAACUUUGUUGAUUAACCCACCCAAGGGAUGUUCUUACUUGAACCAGACAAUUACUUACCAGCACGCCGAUGGUAAUUGGACGUUUGUCAUUCCACGUCCCUCCAAUGGUGGGAUUAUUUUAGGAGGUACUAAACAAGUUGGAGAUUCAUUUACUGGAAUAAGACAAGAGGAUACCGAUGCAUUAUUAAAACGAGGAGAAAAGUAUUUCCCAGAAUUAAUGAGAACCACAAGAGAUAAUAAGAAAUUCUUUGAUAUUUUACGAGUUAAUGUUGGACUUAGACCUGCAAGACAAUCCGGAUUGAAUAUUAGCAUUGAACACCAGGAAGCUAAUGUUGUCAUUAACAAUUAUGGAGCCGGAGGAAUGGGAUAUGAAUUAUCAUAUGGGUCAGGAUUAAUGGUUUAUGAAAAGUUGACGGAAGUUUUAAGUAGAACCUUUAAACUAUAGACUAAAUUUAGACUUUAUAGAGACUAUCAUCUGUACCUUCUAACUUUUGUGGAAGACGAACAGCAACUCCAAUAGGAUAAAUAAUAGCACUAUCAAUGUCCCAUACACCUUCACGAUAAUAAACAUCUUUCCUUAAGAAUUCAAUGACUUCUUCUUUAGAUGUAAGGUCUAACUGAAGCCAACUACCAGCAAAUUUGGUUUUAGCAUCAUCAUGAUAAAUUGCCCCUCCAGCCACAAUAGGGUUUGCUACUGAGGGAACCAACUCAGCAAAGUGUUGUGGUCUUACCUUGGUUCUAUCAAUGUCGGGAAAAUCAAACACGGCGGCGUAGUACAUGGUUGUGAAUUC